ACCAGUGUUAUUACCACCGAUAACCGUGAUACAUAUUGUAUUAACAUAAUAUAAUAUAAUUAGAUUAUCAGUUAUUAACGUCGUCUCCAGUCGAACACACUAUGGCUCGAUCGUCGUCAAGUGUCACCAUGAAGGUUUUCGUAAUGGCCGUAUGCGUGUGCGCCGCCCUCGCCCGUCCGGAAGAAGUGAAAAUGGAAAACAAACCGACUGUGGUCAAAUCUGAGACCUUGGCAGCACCACUUCCGACGACCAUAGUGAAACGAGCUACUCCUCAGGUGGUCUCUACCCAAAAAGACUCUUCGCUUCCGAACGUCAGCGAGGACGUACUCGACAAGGCGCUCAGCGACAGGAGGUUCGUGCAAAGGCAACUCAAGUGCGCUACCGGCGAAGGACCGUGCGACCCCAUUGGCCGAAAAAUUAAAGCUCAUGCACCGUUAGUGUUGAGAGGAAUGUGCGUCAAGUGUUCGCAGUCGGAAAUCAAACAGAUUCAACGUGUCAUGUCACAUAUACAGAAGAAUUAUCCGAAGGAGUACACUAAGAUGCUGAAACAGUACCAGAGCGGUUUCUAAUCGCAUUGUGGCGUCCUUUAUUCCUGUUCAUGACCAGUCCAUCGCGGCCAUAUUGGCAUAAUUUAUGAUAACUUUAUUAUAUUAUAUAUCAUUAUAAUACACAUACAACAACCGAACAUUAAAAUGUAUAAGUGUCGGUGGUCUCGACGUACCUACCCCGUACGGUAGUUGUUCCGAUCAUUAUUUUUUAGUAUUACCUACUCUAGUUUUAUUGUUUUUUUUUUUUAUGUAAAUAAACGACUGAACGUAAUUUUAACCGCA